AUGGCAGCAGAUCGAAAAAGGCACUGGACGGUGGUACAUCGACGAAUAGCUCGAAUCCGGGGCGGUGUUGACAGCAACGACGGCGACCGCCCACCGUUGGACCCGCCAACAAACCCACGAGCAGUUCCGACGAAUCCCCGCGCAACGACGACGCAGAAGUCGUUCGCGGAUCGGUUCCAGUCUCCGGGAGAAACGUCUUCUUCCAGAGAUCCGCCGCCGCUGGGAGAGCAUAGCGAGGCCUCUGCAACUCCCCUGGUCGCUAGCUCGGCGCCGUUGCUACAGGAGGGGUUGCCCGCGGGGCCGGUCAACCCCUCCUCGAGGAGCGUGCCGGUGUUGCGGCUUAGCUCGGACGGUGCGGCCAUCGAGACUGCGCUUUCGCGGCAGCAGCUUGCGGCGGAGCUGACCUGCCCGCUGCGCGACCUGAGGAUGGCGGACCCAACGUUUCCCGGACAGUUCCCCUCCGUGCUGGCAAGAAGAGGCUCCAUCAUUUUUUCCGUGGGGGAGGUCAAGGCUGUAAUCUUGUCUAACGAGGUGCUGCUAUUUCCGACCAAGCCUGACGUGCUUUCGAUCGUCCCUGCCGUCCAAGAAAAGAUAAGGCUGGGGAUAAGGGCGGUCCCUUUCGAACAGACGGUGAUGGAAUGCUGCCUCAAGCACGUGUGCAAAGACCUCCUGGAGAGCGCUCGGAACGUCGAGCCCAGGUUAAGAACGGUGCUGGAUUCCUUCAAGACUUCGAAGAACUCGCUGAUAAAGUCGCUGCACCGAUUGCUGCCCCUGAAGAACGAGCUCGACGAGCUGAAGGAGACCCUCGUGACGGUGUGCAAGUGCAUGAACGAGGUGUUGAUGAACGACGAGGACAUGGCUCUCAUGUACCUGACCGACAACGAGUGCAAGUCCACCGCCAGAGACUUGCACCAGCACCAGGAGAUCGAGAUGCUCUUCGAGAACUACCUCCUGCAGGUGGAACUCUUGGCAUCAGACGUCAUUGAACUCCAAAACGAAGUUCGUAACACGGAAGAAAUCGUGGAGAUCGAGCUGGACGUGUUGCGGAACAACAUCCUGCGCUUCGAGCUGCUCCUCAGCAUCAGCGGCUUUACCGUUGCCCUCGGGGCUCUCGUCACCGGUGUGUUUGGCAUGAACCUUCUCAGCGGCUGGGAAGAGAAGCCGCAAACGUUCUGGCAGGUGACCGGCGGCAUCUACGGCUGCAUCAUGCUGUCCAUCGCCGGCACGGUGGUCUUGUGUCGGCGGUUGAGCCUCUUGUAGGAGUAUUUUUUACCUGUAGCCGUCAAUUGUGUACGAUUGUGCAUUUACACC